CGAUGUUUACAUUUGUGCCAGGCUACGAAGUGCGGAGCGGCGAGUGAGGGAACGCAUGGCUGGCCACUGAGUAGGGUAGAUAGUAAGGAAUGUAGAGUCCUAACUUCCAUGGUGGUGGGCGGCCAAACACUGCAGAACACCAGAUACACUGUUCCCGCUGCGCUAUUCUCCUGAGUCUUCUCCACUCCCAAGCAUCACUCCACCUUCGGUCCUCCACAGACCAACACCAGCUUGGGUGACGUUUAAGUUCUGGAAUAGAAUAAAUCAAACAGUUUUGGUGAUGCAGUCAUCACCAAAACCUGUUAGACUCAAUGAAGGGAAUGUUGCAUAGGGCUGCACAUCAUAUCUGUGGCAGUACUUCAAUUCAAGAAAUUUACAUCUAGAUAUGAAUUUGUCAGUUCGUUCCCUGUGGCACAUAUGGACCAGCUUGAAGAGAUGUGAGAAAAAAGGCUUUGCCAGUCUCAGUUCUGUGGUGAAGUUUCCAUCAUUUCUUUCAAAGUCAUCAAGAUCUUGGAACCAACCUGCCUUCAGCUGGACUUUGGGCACCAGUGAAUCCUUUUGUUUAUCUUCCUCUGUCCAGAGCAACACUCCUCUUUGCAAACCAAACAUGGAGACCACCAUUAUACUUCCCCCUGAAACUGUCAGUGGAAUGAUGGAACUUGACCGAGGAGCUUUUCAAAAGAAAAUCUCAGUACCUCACGUGACUGUCAAAAGCAGUAUAAUCAACAGUGUGAUUAAAUGUUUGAAAAAAUAUUUGUUGAAAUUGGAAAAAUCAAAACCUGUCAGAACUGCUGAUGAUGAUGGAGAUAAGAAAGAAAUACUUCUUAAUCCUAUUUUAGUGAAGAGUUUAGAAGUUAUCAAGAAAGAGCUAGGAGAAAUCAUUAGCAAAGAUGAGGUAACAUUUGGCUACAGAGAGAUUACUCUGGGAUAUGAAAAUUGGAAAGCUGAAGACAUCUUAAAAGCUGUCCUUCCUGCCAACCAGGAGGGUGCCCAGAGCUUCUCCAUAGUUGGCCACAUUCUUCACCUCAACCUGCGAGAGCAUCUGCUGCCAUACAAGACUCUCAUUGGGGAGGUGUACCUGGACAAAGUGCCAAACAUCUCCAUGGUCGUGAAUAAAGUCAAUACCAUUGAUUCUACAUACAGGAAUUUUCAGAUGGAGAUUCUUGGGGGCACUGGAGACACUGUAGUCACUGUGAAGGAGAAUGGCUGUUCCUUCACAAUGGACUUUGCCCGGGUGUAUUGGAACCCUCGGCUGUCAACAGAGCACGGCAGGGUGGUGGGGCGGCUGCGGCAUGGAGACGUCCUUUACGAUGUGAUGGCAGGGGUGGGGCCAUUUGCUGUUCCUGCUGGCAGGAAGAAGUGCCACGUUUUGGCCAAUGACCUCAACCCAGAGUCCUUUAAUGCCUUGGUAAAAAACUGCACCAAGAACAAAGUUGUGGAAAGGGUGAAAUGCUUCAACAUGGAUGGACAUGACUUCAUUCAGACAAUACUGAAGGCUGAUCUAAUGGAACGAUGGAAAGAUCCGCACUUUGUGGGCAGUGUGCAUAUAACUAUGAACCUUCCAGCACUGGCAGUGACCUUCUUGCCAAGCUUUAAAGGCCUCAUGAAUGGUGUCCAGGAAGUGCUGCAGGAUGUGGAGCUGCCUGUGGUUCAUGUGUACAUGUUUACUAAAGAGACGGCAGAAGACGUUGCCAUUGGACAAGUGGCUGAGAAUUUGGGUUAUCUCUCCAAGCCUAGUGAAGUGGCAAAAGCUGGUGAGGUAUUACAGGAUGGUGCUCUUGAUAGUGAUACUUUAAAAAACUGUGAAAAGUCUAAAUCUCACAAAAGUUAUGAAAGUCUAAAGAGGCAUGUUCAGGAGGUGAUUCAUGUAAGACAGGUGGCUCCAAAUAAGGCUAUGAUGCGAGUCAGCUUUCAGUUACCUUUAGAAGUGUUGCUGGAGAGUUCUGAUGAAGAACCUUUGUGUAAGAAGUUAAAGUCAUCCUGAUGCUGCUCUAAAAUAUUAAUUUUAACAGAAAAUUGAGUGAGGCUGUGUAAUCAAAGUUUUUUUCUAUUUAAUUAUAUUAAUCUGUUACA